AUGGCGAUCCAAGCACCUACCGCAAAUGCAGCACACGGCGAAGGUUCAUCCGAGCCGCUAGAGGCAUACGUCCAUCCGCCGGAGACAACGCAACUGCUCGACUAUGCAGACCUCAUCACCCUUGAUCUCUCUCUUUUCGACACCCCAGAAGGCAAAGCCAAACUAGCGGAACAAUUGAAGCAAGCUGCGCAUGAAAGGAUAGGCUUCUUCUACAUCACCAAUUUCGGCCUCACCCAAGACCAGAUUGACCGACAGUACGCCAUCGGGCAAGAGUUCUACGCGUUGCCCUUCGAAGAACGAUUGGAGUAUCGCGCUCCGCUUGAAGAAGGAAACUACAAUGGCUACCGCCCUCUCGGGAGCGUCGAGCUCGCCCCGGGCCAGCCAGACAAGGUGGAGAUGUACAACCUGUUCAAAUUCAUCCCACAGACGCAGCGCACCCAGCCGGACGUGAUUCACCGGCACUGGAAGGAGAUCGAGCAGGUCCAUCGCCAUAUUCAUGAGAAUGUGGCGCACAAGAUCCUCCGGCUUCUCGCGAUUGUGCUGGAACUACCAGACGAAGAGGCUUUGGUUAGAGGCCAUCGUUACGAGGCGAAUUGCGACAGCGCGCUCCGGUAUAUGAUGUCGAGGGCAAGGUCGGCCGAGGAGAAUAGACGGUGCAAUCAUAUCUACACACGAGGCCAUACAGACUUCGGAACCCUGACGUUUGUCUUUCAGCAGCCAGUGGCGGCGUUACAAGUGAAACGAUCGGCGGAGGCAGAAUGGCAGUGGCUGAGGAUUCCCGAAGGCUAUGCCGCGGUCAACAUCGCCGAUAUUGUAGAGUUUCUAUCGAAUGGGUACCUGAAGAGUGGGGUCCAUCGUGUCGUGUCUCCGCCAGAGGAUCAAGUCGGGCUGGAUCGGUUAGGGCUGCUGUAUUUUGUAAGGCCGUCGGAUGAGAUGAAUCUUGGAGCCAUCGAUAGUCCGCUGCUCAGGCGAUUGGGGUAUUACUCGCACGGAAGGCAGGAUGAGAAGGAGGUGGCUAUCCCUGCCACCGAAUGGGUAAGGGCGAGGGUCAAGAAGAAUUGGGUGAAGGCUGAGUCGAAAGAGGUUCUCUCGUUGGGUCGGUUUCAGACGCAGAUAGUGUACGAUUAAGGCCAUUGCGUUCGACUGUGUUAGGGUACUGUCUCAAUGAAAGGAGGAUCGCUCUGUAUCCGAAAGUCAUGACCACCCCGAGCUUCUGGCCAUGAGCCACAUUGAGAGUAAAGCGCGGGGUAAGUCCAGCUCAGCUGCUCAGACCUUUCGCGUCAGCAGCGAGCGCCACGUGCCAAAUCCGGGGUAACAGCCAUUAGUGGGGCGUGCGGGGGGCUUUAGCGUUAGAAUACGAAGACUG